AUGGCCGCCAUGGCAGGAAGGUUCUUGGGUAGCACGGUCUUGGUUUCUAUGCUGGGUAUCGCGUCAACUUUCUCGCCUUCGUCCUUGAGCGGGUUGGCGCUGAGGGGAGGUAGACCUGAUCUCUUGAUCCGUGCUCGAGAGAGUAAAGACUGGGGUCUUAACUCUGUUUUCAGCAUCCUCCACAAGCACAACGCGAGAUUGCGGACAGGCAACAUCUCGUUGAAUAUGUGCAAGAAGGAACUCACAGAUAAAGAGAGGGAAGAGUACGAGAAGCUGUUGGAGGAAGCAAAGAGAAUUCAAGGAACCUUUAAUGCCAUGAUCGGAAACGCUUUUGCAGGACAGCCCGAGCCUGAGCCUGAGCCCGAGCAGCAGGAGCCAGUGCAGCAAAAGAAAGGGUUCGAUAUCCCGAUCGAGGAGCCAGCAUACGAGGAAGAGUCUCUGUACACCCCUGAGGUCAACACGGAGGAAUCAGAGCCGGUGGACUUGUCCACCAUGACCGAUGAGGAAAGAGCUGCGUACGAGAUGUCGAGAGCUCAGACCUUGGGAGAUGAGGCGUUUGAGGGCUCUGACGCUGCCAUCCGGAUGGGCGAUAAGGCAAGAGCGCUAGAGCUUCACAACUUUCAAAGGCAUCCCAACUCCAUCUUCCGCCCAUCCUUCAUGGACAGCUUGAAGGAUCAACAAGCACGAAUUGAUAAGAUGCCAUAG